CUGUAGCAGUGCGCAGACUCAUUCCUGCGGCGCCUCCUGCUGCUCUCUCAGGGAAUUAGCUCAAUCCAGCCUCCGGAGCGCCCUCUGCAGGCCGGUGAUCCGCCUUGCCGUUUCGGAUCCCUGUGUCCUUCCCAGGACCCCGGUGCCCUUGUCUUGGGUGCUGCCAUCCUGAGACGCUGACGGACCAGAUGGAGUGAGAGAGUGUUUCCGGGAAACCCAGAGGAACCUUGGAGCAGGCAGCUGGGAGUUUUCUGAAGAAUCAGAAAUGGCUCCAGUUAAAAUCAACCAUGUGGUGUCCUUCACCUCUCAGGACCCGAGGUAUCCAGUGGAGAAUCUGCUGCGCGACGAUGGCAUUCACCCUUGGCUGAGCUGCCCCCAGGAUCAGAGCAGGCAGCUGAAAGUGGAGCUGCAGCUGGAACGGGCUAGUCCUAUUGGCUACAUAGACGUAGGGAACUGUGGCUGUGCCUUCCUCCAGGUGGAUGUGGGGCGCUCCUCCUGGGCGCUGGACCAGCCCUAUGUUACCCUGGUGCCCAGCACUACGCUGAUGACGCCGGCUGACUCGAAGCUGGACAGGAACCGCUCCGGGGUCCGGAUGUUUAAAGAGGGGGAUUUCCUGGUGGCGGCACUGGGCGAGAAGUGGGAUCGCGUGAGGAUCACCUGCAGCCAGCCCUUCAACAAGCAGGCCCAAUUUGGCCUCUCAUUCAUCCACAUCCGCACCCCGUUGGACCCCGAUCACAGCCAGGCGGCUCCAGCUCCGCCCCAGACGGGUCUCGAGCCCGCAGCCAGCCCCUGGCUCGCCAGCCCCGCCUUUCGCAGGACGUUUUUCCCGGAGGUGCAGCCGAGCAAGGGGGAGGAGGAGGAACUGAAGAGCCGACUGCAGCUGCUGGAGCCCAGCUGUGGGCCUCAUCCCCGCAGCCCGACCUGUCUCAGCCGGACAGCCAGGAUGGUGCUGUCAGCGGCCCAGUCGCGCAGCCGCACUCUCCAGCCGGGCCCCAGCGCCACCUCUUUGGCCGCUGAGAGAUCGGGGAGCAGCCGGGGACAGCAGGGUGAAGAUCCAGCCGUGAACCGCCCUGUGCAGGAUGUCCAUGACGCUCCACCCCUGAGGAGGGUCCGGGUGAAGCCAAGCAGGAGACGAAGAUCACAAGGCACCGCAGGGAGGUCAAUGCCCAGGCCUGGUACCCAGGGAGGAAGAGCCAGGAGCCGGGGAGGAAGGCCCAGCAAGCUGGAUGAUGGUGGAGAGGCAGGCGGGGAGAUGGGCACAUGCCCCAUCUGUGCAGGCUGCUUCAGCACAGAUCUCCUUCCCGUUCACGCCUCCACCUGUGGGGAAGAUGGCUCCCUUCCAGACACCACCUGGCCAUCCCUGCCACGGGAAGAUCCCCGGCGCGAGGAGCCCCCCGAGGCUUGGGUGCCAUGCCCCAUCUGUGAGUUCCGGUUCAGCACAGCAGAGGUGGAGAGGCACGCCAGCACCUGUGGGGAGCGGGCAGGAGCCCUGGAGACCUCCCAUUCCUGGCUUUGGUUGAUAAAGCAACCCAGCUGGAGGGAGAUAGUCAACAGGAAGCUGAGGUUCCCCAGCGAGCUCCUCGACGCCAUCCAGGAGGGGGACCUGUCGCGGGUGCAGCAGCUGCUGCAGGGGAGCGACGGGAUCCUGCAGCAGCAGGCCGACAGUGAGGACCGCGCGUGGCGGGAAGCCCUCAACCUGGCCAUCCGCGUGGGCGGUGGGGAGAUCACUGGGACCCUGCUGCGCUACGUCAAGUUCGACUUCCGCCAGAUCCACGAGGCCCUGCUGGUCGCCGUGGACACCAACCAGCCCCAGGUGGUGAAGCUGCUGCUGGACCGGCUGGACCAGGAAAAGAGCAUCAAGAUGGACAUCAAGUCCUUCUCCUUGGCCUUCUUCGACCGCUCCAUCGACAACGCCCGCUUCGCCCCUGGCGUGACGCCGCUCACCCUGGCCUGCGAGAAGGACCUCUACGAGAUCGUGGACAUGCUGGUGCAGAAAGGCCACGCCAUCCCCCGGCCCCACAAGAUCUCCUGCACCUGCCUGGAGUGCAGCAACGGCCGCAAGUACGACCUGCUCAAGUUUUCCCUCUUCCGCAUCAACACCUACAAGGGCAUCGCCAGCCGGGCCUACCUCUCCAUCACCAGCGAGGAUGCCAUGCUGACCGCCUUCAAGCUCUGCCGGGAGCUGCAGCGCCUCUCCUGCAAGGAGCCGGAGUUCAAGCCAGAGUACCUCAGCCUGGAGCUCCUGAGCCAGGAGUUUGCCUUUGAGCUGCUGGGUAUGUGCCGUAACCAGAGCGAGGUGACAGCCGUGCUGAACGACCUGGGGGACAGCGAGGAGGAGGAGGAGGAGCUGGACAGCCAGGCCUUCGAGGAGGGCAUCCCCAACCUCGCCCGGCUCCGGCUGGCCGUCAACUACAACCAGAAGAAGUUUGUUGCCCAUCCCAUCUGCCAACAAGUGCUCUCGUCCAUCUGGUGCGGGAACCUGUCAGGCUGGCGCGGGAGCAACACGCUCUGGAAGUUCUUUGUCUCCUGUUCCAUCUUCCUGACCAUGCCCCUCCUGUGCCUGGUGUACUGGAUUGCCCCGAAGUCAUGGGUUGGCAAAAUGCUGAAGAUCCCAGUGAUCAAGUUCCUCCUCCACUCGGCCUCGUAUCUCUGGUUUCUGAUCUUUCUGCUGGUGGAGUCCUUGUUCCUGGAGCACAAGCAUCACAUCUUCUUGGGACGCAAUCAGACCGUGUGGGAGAACUCCCUGCACAUGGUCUGGGUGGCCGGCUUCUUCUGGUACGAGUGCAAGGAGGUGUGGAUCGAGGGGCUGCACAGCUACCUCCUGGAUUUGUGGAACUGCCUGGACAUCGUCAUCCUCAGCCUGUACCUGGCCUCCUUCGCGCUGCGGGUGCUGGUCGCCGGGAGGGGCCACCUGCACUGCCUGGACGCCCCUUCCUCGCCGGAGUGCUACUACUUCACCAGAGCCGGUCGGCACGAGUGGCAGCCCGAAGACCCCCAGUUCGUCGCUGAGGUGCUGUUUGCGGUGACCAGCAUGCUGAGCUUCACCCGCCUGGCCUACAUCCUCCCCGCCCAUGAGUCCCUGGGCACCCUGCAGAUCUCCAUCGGGAAGAUGAUCGACGACAUGAUCCGGUUCAUGUUCAUCCUCAUGAUCAUUCUCACCGCGUUCCUGUGCGGACUCAACAACACCUACGUUUACUACCAGGAGUCCCAGCGGCUGGGGAACUUCAACGAGACGUUUCAGUUCCUGUUCUGGACCAUGUUCGGGAUGGAGGAGUACAGUGUGGUGGAUAUGCCCCAGUACGGCCUGGCGGAGUUCGUGGGGCGGGCGCUCUACGGGAUCUUCACCAUCGUCAUGGUCAUCGUCCUUCUCAACAUGCUCAUCGCCAUGAUCACCAACUCCUUCCAGAAAAUCGAGGACGAUGCGGACGUGGAGUGGAAGUUCGCCCGCUCCAAGCUCUACCUGUCCUACUUCAGGGAGGGCCUGACGCUGCCUGUGCCGUUUAACGUCAUUCCCACACCAAAGUCCCUCUUCUAUUCAGUCAGGGGCAUUGUCAGGUUUGUUUGCUGCUCCAAACCCAAGAGGCAACAGGAUUACCCCCCGAUUCCCACCAUCGCUAAUGCCACCCUGGAGGACGUUGGCCUCGGCGGGAAGAGCUGCCGUUCCUAUCGGCUGCAGGUCAUCAAGGCUCUGGUGCAGCGCUACAUCGACACAGCCAGGCGGGAGUUCGAGGAGAGCAGGAGGAAAGACCUGGGGAACCGUAUCACCGAGCUGAACAAGUCAGUGUCGCGCCUGCACGCGGAGGUGAAGCGCCUGCAUCACAGCCUGCCCGCCCACCCUGCUCCCGCCAGCCCUCUGGAUGGGGCCAGCGUGCUGCACAGAUACAUCCUGCGGGUCCAGGACAACGUCCAGAACUUCAGCCAGGCCGCGGGCAGCUCCGGCCCGGGCUCCCCGGCCCAGGUGAUGGUGCACCAGGAUGGGGCUGCCUGGAACGACCCCCAGCCCUACCCGAAGGCGCUCUCCCUUGGCCCCCAGCACGCGCUGUCUCCUGGGGACGGCGCCGGGGAAGGGGACCAAGCAGUAGAGCCGAGUUCCCAUCCAGCAGAGGAAGCCAACUCCGGCCCCAGCCUCUAG